AUGUCUGUGGUCAUUCAUCCUGCAUUUCUCAUUCAUGUGGAGAAGUUGUCACUGCUUGUAAAUCCAGAUACUGGUAAGAAGUUCAGGAACAAUGCAGAUAGGUUAACUGAGCACAGUGUAGGACUGAUUAAAAAAUACAGUGUUAAACAAAACAAACCCUCCUUCACACCCUCUUUGCCAUGUACCAUUCAAACAAAUUUUUUCAGGAAAUUGAAGAAACCAUUGAUGCCUAAGGUUACAAUACAGAUAGCUAGUGAAGCGAAUAAAACUGCUGUGCCGAAACCAAUACAAAUCCUGGCUGCUUAUGUCUGUGAUGAGGAAACACAUAAAUUGUUACUGGUGCAUGGGAAUAAUCUCAAACCUACAUUCGAAAAAGUUACAUGUUCAACGUCAGAACCAGAGAUGUGCCUUGUACGAGAAGAUUCAAUGACAGUGAGACAUAAAAAGGAUAGCAAUGUGACCAAGGUGAAGACACCAGAGGUAUCUAAAGACAUGACUGUAUUAGUUCCUGGUCAGAUGGCUCCACAACCUCCUACACAAGAACAAGCCGGACGCCGGCGGAAGAGGAAAGCUUCUGUAGGAGAGAUGACAUUAGAACAGAGACUGAAUGCAGUCAGUUUGGAGAAACCAAAGUCAGGGGAUCGGAAACAGCCUCCGAAAGCAGAUACCUUAGUUACACUUUUAAUACAGGGACUGCAGAGUCAAGAUAAAAAAUUGUUAAAUCAAGUUUUACAGAAAACUGACCGUAAAUUAAUACAGAACACGGUACGGAAGUUACCGGUACAAAUGGUGAUACCUCUUGUGCAAGAACUGACACGAAGGAUGCAUGGGCAUGCACAGUCGGGUAUAUCACAGGUUGUGUGGACUCAAACGGUAUUAGCUGUACAUACAUCAUAUUUAAUGACAUUUCCAGAAAUUGUGGAGACGUUUAGUACACUGUAUCAGAUGAUGGACUCGCGUGUCACGAUGCUAGGCAAGUUGUCAAGGUUAAAAGGCAAACUGGACAUUAUGCUCUCACAGAUCAGUGCUCAAACACAGGACCAGGGGGAGGAGCCUGGUGCUGGACAACCUGCCCUCUUACAAUUUGAAGAAGAAUCGUCCGAUGAUGAUUUGGAAGAUUUGGCUAUUGGUCCCGCAGCUUCAGAUUCAGAGGAGAACUGGGAGGAUUUUUCUGACGAGGAAUCAGACAUGGAUACACAGGAUGAAAUAAACGGCAAAGGAUGACAGAGCUUAAAUGUAUGGCCAUUGCUGAACAUACAAAAUGGCAGUUUGCCACAUUAAGCUCUUCAAAGCUACUAAGAUCAGCUGUAGAUGUAAAAUGUGACAAAUUUCUCACUGCAAAUACCCCCUGAAAAGUUUCAUCCUACUUCAGUAAAGUGCUAAGACUUGCUUGAUUGGAAAUACAUAAGCUAGUAGUGAGAAGAUGAUCUCCAAGAUACUCUAUAAAGUGGUCAACGAUGAGCUCGAGUUUUAGAGGGAAAAUGUGUUCGUUUUGUCAAUGGACAAUGAAUUUUGUUUGAUAAGAAGUUUGUGAAGAAAUACGCUUGUUGUGUUAAUAGUAAUAUUAUAUUUUUAGGAUUUUAUUGCAUUGUUGUUAUACGCAGCUUUUUAAAAGACUGGAAAAAAGCCUCAAGAAAGAACUUAGCUGUGAUAGUAUGGAAUUAUCUCUUCAGAAAGUUCGAGUAUGAUGUUUGGAUUGUGCAUGUAAGUGAUUUAAUUGGUGCAGAUAUAUAGGUAUUACAUACACAUUUGAACAGGGUUAGGUUCAUAUUUGAAGGGCAUUUUUUUCUGUUAACUUUGUUAAACUGUCAUCUUGUGUUUCAUCUGAAGAGAGAAAUGUUGAACAGCCUAAGGUUUCAGGGCCCGACAAAUUCGUUGAAAGCUAGUGUCUUGGUGGAUUAGCUUCUUAGAAUUUGCCUUUUAAGGUAGUUCUGCACGUUUGGAUCGAAAUUAUUUCUACAAUGUAGAAUUUGAUUAAACUCUGAUUUUUCAAAACUUCAGAAUAUACCUAGAAAAUUAAGUAAAUAAAAAAGAUAGCGUCGUGUGCUUGAUUUUUUGCUGCACUGAUUUGAAAAAUAGGGACCUCACGCAAUAUUUCAUAAUGGGAGUCUAUGGGAAAAUCAUAAUUUUCAUAACAUUUUCGCGAAUAGAAAAUUUUCUACAAAGUAGAUUUUGAUGAAACGUCUCACAGUUGUAAGUAAAGGCAUGGCCUAUAAUUUGAUGAAAUAAAAUGUAUAGGUCCAUGUGCUAAUUUUUGAGAUCUUUGACCAUGAUUAAAGUAAACCGGACAUUUCGCUCUAAUUUUAAGACAUUAUUUUGAAUUAUUUAACAUGUGAUAUGUUUUAAUAUCAUAUUUUGACUUUAGAAAUAUGGCAACAGUGCCAUUGUAAUAAAUUAACUCGCAGAUUGUGAUUAAUUCAUAAAAUGAUCUUCAUUUCCAUACGCCGAAUCCAGUCUUUAUUCUACGUUUUCCGGAAAAAUGACGUUACGUCAUCACUUCCGGUUUAUCAAACGUGCAGAACUACCUUAAACUGUAUUACUCAAAAAGCUGGUGAAAAUGGUACACAUAAUGGAAAAAUCACAAUUUUGAUAGCAUUUUUGUGAAUAGAAAUUUUUCAGCAUACUUUCAUGGUUACAUUGGAAAUGUUUUGCAAUGAUAUUUCAAGUGAAUUUAAAGGAAUUAUUUCAACAUUUUUGUUGUGUUUGUUGCUGAUUUUAUAAAUGUUCACACAUGUUGACAUUUAUAUGCAGAUUUCUUCUCUGUAUGCCGGGUCCAGGCUUUAUUUAAUAAAUGACAGUAUGCCAUGACCUUGUUUAUCUGAUGUGCAGAGCUACCAUCAGUAGAAUUCCACUUCACCCACACUGGAUUCCUACAUUGUUUUCAAGCGAAUUUGUUGAGCCCUGUGUACAUUAGUCACUGGUUUACAUGAUAAAGGAAAGAUGUUUUUCAGUGAAUUACUGGAAUAUUAAAGUGAAAUGUAUCUGGUAUGAAAGAAACUAUAAAAUAGAUCAGUAAAAAUAUCUGCAUUGAUAAACAGUAUGUAUUUAAUAAAUUUUAAGUUAAGGACUUCCUAUGACAAUAAAAUCAUCUCAUGAAUUGUGUCACCAAAUAAUUGUUUUGUUUAUCCCAAAAUUGUUACGUCAUAUAUUCAUGUUUGUAUAUAUGUACAGAUUUUAUUGUACUGAAAAUGAAUAAUGCCAAGCAUCAGUACUAAAGCAUAAAUAAAACUAAUACUAAA